UUGAGUAGUCUUAUUUUCUCCAUUUAUUUUCAUUCCAACUAAACUCUAUUGUCAAUUGUCAUACAAACUUAAUAUUUCUUCAUUUGUUGCUUAUAUAUAUAUACCCUCUUCCAACCAAACCUUUCCACAUCUACCAUCUCUCAUUUCCCCCAAAAAAGACACACAAAUAACUACUUUUUCUUUUUUUUCUCUAAUUGGUGUUGUUACAAAAUGGGAAAGUCCAAAUGUAGUGAUAAAGAGGGAUUAAAAAAAGGGCCAUGGACUGCUGAAGAAGAUCAAAAGCUUUUGUCUUUCAUUGACAAACAUGGCUGUGGUAGCUGGCGUGCUUUGCCUGCUAAAGCUGGUCUGCAAAGAUGUGGAAAGAGUUGUAGACUAAGAUGGAUAAAUUAUCUAAGGCCUGAUAUUAAGAGAGGAAAAUUCAGUUUACAAGAAGAAAGAACCAUCAUUCACCUUCAUGCUCUUCUUGGAAAUAGAUGGUCAGCAAUAGCAACUUACUUACCAAGUAGAACAGACAACGAGAUAAAGAACUAUUGGAACUCACGUUUGAAGAAGAGAUUAACUAAAAUGGGAAUUGAUCCAAUGACUCACAAACCGAAAAUCACAAACAACCUUAAUGGUGUAGCCUCAUCAAAAUAUGUUGCAACUCUUAGUCACAUGGCUGAAUGGGAAAGUGCAAGACUAGAAGCAGAAGCUAGACUUGUUCGUAAAUCAAAAGACUAUGAAAUCCUCUUCAAUAACAACAAUUACAACAUUAACCGUAGUACAAUUUCCCAACAAUUACCUUAUUAUCAACUCCCUUGUCUAGACAUAUUAAAAGCAUGGCAAAUGUCUAGCACAAAAUUACCAACAAUAAAUGACAUUAGUGCCAUUCUUCUUAAUAAUUCGAGGAACAACAACCUCGAAUCAUCGAUACCCUCAACGUUACAUUCCUCUGAGACUUUAUUCGUGAACAAUAAUGUACCUACUACUACUACUACUACUGCAAAUGUUCGUGAUGAUCAUCAAAUUCCUCCUAAUUUAUCUACAAUCGAGUCGUGUUUUGAAGAUGAUCAACUCCAAACAGAUCUUCCAAGUUUCAUGCAGGAGUUUUCGGGGCUAUUUCCAGAAUAUUAUACACAAAAUUCAACAAAUAUACAAGUGGAUAAUUUGAUGGGAUGCUGUUCUGGAGAUUUUGAAGAUAACAAGUUAAUUAAUUGGAACAAUUUCCCUAAUUAUUUGGUUAAUUCACCUAUUGGUUCUCCAGUAUUCUGAGUGUUCAACUAGCUAGCUAGGGCAUGGUGCUAAAAUUAGUUGUAUUAAAUUGUACUUCUUUGAGUUUAAUUAGUUUUUGUUUUAUGACUAUGGAAUUCAGAUAUGUAUUUGUAUU